AUGGCUGCUGGGUCUAUGAUGACCACAGAUUGGUUUGUUUACGUUGAUCCAAAUGAAUGGAAUCUCGGCCAGCUUAUUACUGUGACAAUCUGGGCACCGCCUAUUGUCAAGUAUCUAUACUGGUCUUUGUUCGGCAUCGAGUCUUAUCCGGCCGAUCCGAUUCCAUUUCCAUACAAAAUUAUCAACACAGAUCCCAAUUCCUCUGGUGGAAGUGUAAUCCAAUUACCAAGAGUUGAAAACUUAUUACCAAAUACUGCAUGUCGUCCGGCUGAGCAGCUCAGCUUAGACUGCCGAAGAAUUAUUUCUCGACCUAGGGGUAUAUGUCCUAUGGAGAGAUUAACAUAG